CUUUUCCUUUUCAGGAAGUUUUAUUAUUGUUGUAUUACUGUGAAGUGAAAUGGCGCUGCAGCUGCACAAAGAGAAACUCUGCUGUUCUAUCUGUCUGGAUCUACCGAAGGAUCCCGCGACUAUUCCCUGUGGGCACAGCUACUGCGUUAGCUGUAUCAAAAGCCACUGGGAUAAGGAGGAUCCUGAUGAAAUCUACAGCUGCCCUCACUGCAAACAGACCUUCACACCGAGGCCUGUCCUGGUGAAAAGUGCCAUGUUUGCUGAUUUUGUGGAAGCACUGAAGGGAGCAAGUCUUGAGGCUGCUCCAGCUGAUCACCGUUGGGCCAAAUUUGGAGAUGUGGGAUGUGAUUUUUGCACUGGAAGCAAGCUGAAAGCCCUCAAGUCCUGUCUGGUGUGUCGGGUUUCCUACUGUGAGCUCCACCUACAGCCUCACUACAAAUCUGCAGCCUUUGAAAAGCACAAGCUGGUUGAACCUUUAAAAAACUUACAGGAGAAAUUUUGCUCCGUUCAUGACGAGGUGAUGAAGAUUUUCUGUCGCAGUGAUCAGCAGACCAUCUGCAUUUUGUGCUCCAUGGAUGCACACAAAGACCACGACUUAGUUUCAACUUCAGCAGAGAGGAACAAGAAGCAGAUGGAGCUCGGAGUGAGUCGGGAGAAAAUCCAGAUGAGAAUCCAACAAAAAGAGAAAGAUGUGAAGGUGCUUCAGCAGGAGGUGGAGACUAUCAAUCACUCUGCUGAUAAGGCAGUGAAGGACAGUGAAAAGGUCUUCACUGAGUUAGUGUGUUUCAUUGAGAAAAGAAGCUCUGCUUUGAGGGAGCAGAUUAGAUCCAAACAGGAAGCUGAAGUUAGUCGGGUCAGAAAGCUUGAGGAGAAGCUGAAACAAGAGAUAGCUGAGCUGCGGGUGAAGGACGCUGAACUGGAACAGCUCUCACACACUGACGACCACAUCCAGUUUCUCCAUAAAUACCUUGUACUGUAUCAUCUGAGUGAAUCUACAGACUCACCAUUCUUAAAUAUCCAACCUUUGACAUACUUUGAUGAUGUGACAGUGGCUGCGUCACAGACUAGAGAUCGGCUACAGGACAUCCUCAGUGAGGACUGGCUAAAAAUCUCACAAAAAGUAAUCGAGGUCGAUGUUUUACUGCCACAUCCCGAACCUGAAACUAGAGAGGAAUUCUUACAAUAUUCUCGUCAAAUCACACUGGAUCCCAACACUAUAAACGCGCAACUCUCACUGUCUGCGGGGAACAGGAAAGCAACAGUGAUGAGAGAAAAGCAGUUGUAUUCCAGCCACCCAGACAGAUUCACUGACUGGCUUCAGGUCCUCAGUAGACAGAGUCUGACCGGACUUUGUUACUGGGAGGUGCAGAGAAGCAGUGGAGGAGUUUCAGUAGCCGUCACGUACGAGGAUAUAAGCAGAACAGGAAAUGAAAGUGGAUUUGGAAACAACGACAAGUCUUGGGCAUUAGGAUGUUUCGACCAGAGUUAUUAUUUCAGACAUAAUAAUAUAAGAACUGUACUCUCAGGCCCCCAGUCCUCCAAAAUAGGAGUGUUCCUGGAUCACAAGGCAGGAACUCUGUCUUUCUACAGCAUCUCUGACACCAUGACUCUCCUUCACAAAGUCUGCACCACUUUUACUCAGCCACUGUAUGCUGGAUUUUUGAUUUACUGGGCUGGAGACUCUGCUGAGUUAUGUGAGCUCAAGUAGACGACAUCUGUUAAAGGGCUAAAUGGGUCAGAUUCUGAUUUUAAAGGAGUUGUUUUUUUUUGUGCACUGCAUUCUUUGCUGUGAACUUUAGAGUCACCUGUCAGAUUAAACACAAAGGGGUGGACUUCUUCCUCCUUUAAGAUUGAUGAUGCAGUUUAAGUUAUGGCAACUUUUUCUUUUUUUCUUUGCAAACAUGAGACCUGUGUCACUUUUUAUUAUCAAGAUUAUUUUCAACAGAAAUCAGUGACUUCUGAUUGUUGCCUUUUGCGAUUUUAUUCUGUUUUAUGUUGCGUUUGGUUCCUGUCACUUCUUAAAUCCAUUAAGAAUAUAAUAGAUAACUAAAUGUAUGAAUGUCAACAUUUUGAUGGAAAUAGUGAAAGAAUAUGCUGAUAAACUGCGGCCUUUGUUAAAAAAUGUUUCAUGGGAUUUGCAAAAAUGUACUGAACUCAAGAGACCACCUUCAUUUUGCUGUUUUUGGCAAAAACUGUGCACCGCAGAAAUAUAAUGCAGAAAAGUCACAUUAUCAAAUAAGUUAGUAAGGAUUUUCAUAAAUACAGUAGGGAAAAAAUGCUUUUGGACACCCUUGAAAUUUUACACAAUCUCAAUUAUUUGAAUGAUAUCUUUGUGGAAAAUUUGUGGUGUGACUGCAUUAGACAGACACAAACAAAUACAAAUGUUUUUUUUGUUUAUUGUUUACAAGAAAAAUUAAGAAAGCUAAAUUCUACCAAAAUGACCCAAUAUUUUAAAUUUCUUUUUCAUGGAACCAGUCAAUUUUAACUUUUCAAUGACUUUUUAAAGAUUUAUUUAGUAUUAUGGCUGUGAUUGUACUAAAAGAAACUGCAGUUAAAGAGUACAUCUGAGAGUGAUUCUUAAUGCAUUAUUGAACAAAUGUAUGGGGUUUCCGAAAACUUUAUUACCUCCGCCAAUGAGGUCAUGCGAUCCGGUCCGUUUAUUUAUUUGUCUGUCUGUGUGCGUGUCUGUGGACAGGAUUUCUCGGAAACUACUUGUCGGAUCUUCACGAAAUUUUCACCAGAGGUGGAUCUUGGCCCAGGGAAGACUCCAUUCAAAUUUUGUGUUGAUCCGGACAAGGAUCUUCCCUUGGCGGAGGUCAGAAAUCUCGGAUUGCUCUUGUUCUACCACUGUAUGUCUAACUCGCACUUUGAUUUCUCUUCAGCAACAAACAAAUUUAAAGUAUACUUAGCAAAUAUACUAUGUAAUUAUGACUGGGAUAUCACUUGUAUAUUUUCUAAUAAGACGCUGUCGUUUUUCAGAAAAAAAUGACAUUAUCUUAUAUUAAGAAAAUAAAGUGCAAAGAAGCUCACA